AUGGAGUCCGCAAAGAACUAUUACAACAAACAGUAUGAAAACUGGGUGCCAUGGCUGGAGGAUAAGUACCUCGCCUGGUUUGGCCAGAAUAAGACGAGCUACGUUGCUCAAGAUAACCUCGACAAGACCAAGAUCACUGGUGAUAAGAACGUCGACGCAAUCCAAGAUGGUGUAAACAAGGGCGUGACUGGACAGUUUGAGAAAGGUGGUGCGCUGGAAGGUGUUGGCAAUUUGGCAAGCACAGAGGUGUUCACGAGAAGUGAGAGAGGUGGAAAGAAUGAUAAGGGAAGCUUUGGACUGUGA